UGUUCAAUAGGUAAUAAAACGUCAUUAGAUCGAUUUACUUUCAAAAUAAUAAAUUAUUUUUAUACGUUUUUACGACCGAACCAUGUUUUUAAUUUCGUGGAUUUUAACUGCGUUUUUUAUUGCAAUAGCAUUCAGCGCUCGUAUAAGCGAAAACGAUCCGGGUCAUUCGUCUCAAAAUAUAUGGGCUGUUCUAGUUGCUGGCUCACACAGGUGGUUGCGGUACCGACAUCAGUCCAAUGUAUGUCAUGCUUACAAAAUACUGAGGGAAAAUGGCAUUCCGAAAGAACGUAUCAUUACAUUUAUGUACGAUGAUAUUGCAUACAAUUCAGAAAAUCCCGAACCUGGUGUGAUUAGAAACGAGCCAAAUGGUAUAAAUGUUUAUGAAGGUGUACCAAUUGAUUACACUGGAGAAAAUGUCAGAAAAGAUGUAUUUUUGAACGUUCUCCGAGGAUACAAGAUGAAGGUAAAAGGAAUCGGAAGUGAAAGAGUGGUACUAAGCACGAAUAAAGACAAUAUUUUAAUUUUCCACACGGGUCUUGGAGGCCACGGUGGACAAAUCGAAUUCCCGAAUUCUGGCGAAGAUGUGAUGUUGCACGGAGACGAACUUGUGAGAACGUUUAAGCAAAUGUACAACCGAAAUGGUUAUAAACAUUUAUUGAUGUACUUAGAAUCGAGUCAUUCUGGCGCCAUGUUCGAAAAUUCUACGCUUCCUCAUAAUAUAAAUGUUUUGGCGAUCACAGCCGGCGGACCAGACGAAGACACAUACGGAACGUUUUGUGACACGAGCAUAGAGCCGUGUCUGGCCGGACUGUUUUCAUACGCUUGGAUGAAUUAUGCCGAAAACAAUCCCGACGGAUUGAGGAAGAGUCAAAGCGUGUUCGACCAUUUCGACCAUGUCCGAGACGACGUGGCGAACACGGCCAAGGAACACCCUCAACUCUACGGCGACUGGAAUAUCGGAAAGUUACCGAUUAGUCAAUUCAUUGGUUACCAGAAUCGCAACUCGUCGAGUUCAAAAACCACGAAAACAGAGCUCGUUGGUGACGUUUCCGGGGGCCAUUCGGCAUACGACAAAGACUCGAUAAUCGCAGAGGUCGAAGUACCUGUUGAGCAAAAUGUAAAUCGGCGUUUUUCUCAAUAGCUAGCUGAGCAUGUAACUUACGCGUAACGAAGUGAUUGUGGUCAACCAACGAAAAAAAAGUAGCAAAAAAAAAAAAUAGUUGAGACUUA